UUUUCACUGUUACCCCUAGUUGUCAACAAAAAAAAAUAAAAAAUGGAGACUAAGACCAAGAAGACCCUAUGUGGUCCUCGCUCAUUAAUUCUCUCAUAUCAUUCAUUCCUUUUUAUAUCAACUAUUUAUAUGGUCAUGUUUUCCUUAUGUAACUUCUGAGCCUUUUUUUUCUUCUCAUAACCUUCUUCUGGAUCUCUCUGGAAGUUAUUAUGGACACAAGCAGGUAUGAGGGAAAAAGGGUCUUGAGGUACAAAGAGGAAGAUGAAAAUGAUGAUGAUGAAGAAGAAGAAGAGGUGAGUGAGGUGGGUUUUGGAGAAGACAGAAGAAGGAAUAAGAGAGUAAUGAGAGAUCUCCAUGGAAAGAGAUCAGGGUCCAAAGGUGGAGGCUCAAUGCCACCUUCUUGUCAAGUGGAUAAUUGUGAUGCUGAUCUGAGUGAAGCUAAGCAGUACCACAGAAGACACAAGGUUUGUGAGUACCAUGCCAAAGCUCCUUCCGUACACAUGGCAGGGCUGCAACAAAGGUUUUGCCAACAAUGUAGCAGGUUAAUCUUUGCUGUGAAUUCUGCCUGAGGGAAAAGAUUCCAUGAGCUAUCAGAAUUUGAUGACUCAAAGAGGAGUUGUAGAACGCGGUUGGCUGGGCAUAAUGAGAGACGUCGCAAAAAUGCAGUUGACUACCAUGGAGAAUGAUUUCUUCUAUGGGAUGGACAUUAACAAUCAUUGAGGCAAGCAUGUGAUUGAAAUGAAAUUUUCCAUUGAAAUCUUCAUACUUAAAUCAUUGUUGCUGAUCUCUAAGGAUGCUCUCUAUCUUCUGUCAAUAUUUUCAUAUGCAAACAUUGUUGCUGUUCGUUACAAUUAUGAAAGGAUAGUUCCACGUAGAACUUUUAUUAUAUUUUGGUUUGAGAGAAAUGGAAAGAAUGAAGGGAUUUUAAUGA